GCUCGAAUCUGAGCGCGGGGCCGCUUUGGGGGGGGGCGGGACUGACCCGGGACCGCCGUGAGGGGACGGGACUGACCCGGGAUCCACCUGAGGGGACGGGACUGACCCGGGACCGCCGUGAGGGGACGGGACUGACCCGGGGUCCGCCUGAGGGGACGGGGCUGACCCGGGACCGCCGUGAGGGGACGGGACUGACCCGGGACCGCCGUGAGGGGACGGGACUGACCCGGGACCGCCGUGAGGGGACGGGACUGACCCGGGAUCCGCCUGAGGGGACGGGACUGACCCGGGACCGCCGUGAGGGGACGGGACUGACCCGGGAUCCACCUGAGGGGACGGGACUGACCCGGGACCGCCGUGAGGGGACGGGACUGACCCGGGGUCCGCCUGAGGGGACGGGGCUGACCCGGGACCGCCGUGAGGGGACGGGACUGACCCGGGACCGCCGUGAGGGGACGGGACUGACCCGGGGUCCGCCUGAGGGGACGGGGCUGACCCGGGACCGCCGUGAGGGGACGGGACUGACCCGGGACCGCCGUGAGGGGACGGGGCUGACCCGCGAUCGCCGUGAGGGACCCACCGCGAGGGGACAGGACUGACCCACGAUCGCCGUGAGGGGACCCGGAGGACCCGGGCCAUGCUCGCCGCCCCCGGCCGCCGCCGCGCCCGGGGCGAGCCCCCGGUGCGCUCGGUGCCGCUGAGCAGCGUCCCCGCGGGCACGCUGACGCCGCUGAAGGAGCUCCUGCAGGCCCAGGGCGCUGUCCCGGCCGGGCAGGGCCCGCCGCCCGCGGGGCCGUGGCGGGGGGCGCGGGAUGUCCCGCACGGCCAGGCCGGGCCCGCGGCAGAGCGGCCGCCGAAGCGCCGCGCCCCGGAGCCGCCCGGGCAGGAGACGCCGGCCAAGAUCUUCCAGCGGAUGAAGGAGCGGGCGGAGCGGCAGCGGGGCCGCGGGGGCGGCACCGACGGGAUCCUGACCCGCGGCACCGGGCAGGGCCGCACCGGCCCCGACGGGACCUUCCUGACCCCCAGGACUGGGCAGGGCCGCGCCAGGCACAACCGUGCCACCGAAGGGAUCUUCCUGACCCCCAGCACCGGGCAGAGCCAGGGCACCGACGGGAUCCUGGCCCCCAGCACUGGGCAGGGCCGCGGCACCAUCGACGUAAUCCUGACCCCCGGCACCGGGCAGAGCCAGGGCACCAACACCGACAGGAUCCUGACCCGUGGCACCGGGCAGAGCCAGGGCACCGACAGGAUCCUGACCCGUGGCACCGGGCAGAGCCAGGGCACCAACACCGACAGGAUCCUGACACGCAGCACCGGGCACAGCCGUGCCACCGACGUAAUCCUGACCCCUGGCACCGGGCAGAGCCAGGGCACCAACACCGACAGGAUCCUGACCCGUGGCACCGGGCAGAGCCAGGGCACCGACAGGAUCCUGACCCGUGGCACCGGGCAAGGCCGGGGCACCAUCGACGUAAUCCUGACCCCCGGCAUCGGGCAGAGCCAGGGCACCGACGGGACCCUGACCCGCGGCACCGGGCAGAGCCAGGGCACCAACAGGAUCCUGACACGGAGCACUGGGCACAGCCGUGCCACCGACGUGAUCCUGACCCCCGGCACCGGGCAGAGCCAGGGCACCGACGGGACCCUGACCCGUGGCACCGGGCAGGGCCGGGGCACCGCCCGGCCAGGACAUGGGUCAGUGUUCCCACGGGUCCCUCAGGCCCUGCCCACUGCAGAGCCCCCUGUGCUGGAGACCCCCCAGAAGUUCUUCCUGCGCAUAAAGAAGAAACUGCAGCAGCAGCAGCAGCACAAAGAUCCAACACCUUCAAACCCCAUCCAGCAGGACGUUCCUCCUUCCACAGCCACGGAGAAGCCUUUAGUCAGAGCUGCCUGUGCUGAGCAGCCCAGGGCUGAGCCUCCCGAGGAAGUGGACACCAACAAGGAGGAGGAUGUGGACGUUUUCCUGGUGGAACCAAUAGAUACCGAUGGUGAAAUGUCUCCGAGUGCAGGGACUAGUUUUCUGAAUGUAAAUUCCACCCCUUUGAAAAACGAGGAUCAGGUAACAGAAAAGUGGGGAAAUGGAGGAGCAAAACAUACAGAGCUUCAUCAAGACAGAAGAGAGUUGCAGCCCAGUAAAAAACAAGCUGCUCUGGGAGUGGAAAAGACCGUGGAGAGUAAUUCCCCAAAGCCCUCCCAGCACUUCUGCAGCAUUAUGCUGUCUAGUCCCACAGUCCACAUCCCAAAGAAGCAGAAGCUGACAGAAAGGCCUGAGGACCCUCUGGACAAACGUCAUACCGACCAACCUGCUGGCAAAGCAGACAAAGAGAAAAGCAUCUGCCUGAGCAGCUGGAGGAUCAAAGUGAUGGAAGGCAACACGGCGAUUUCUCUGGAGGGCAAACGGCAGGACAUGAAGGGCCUGCUGUGGCACAGCAAUGCCGUCACCGAGCGCGUGGCCCACAACCAGCUGAGGACGUCCUCGGGCAGCCUCUACCUCCUGCAGGGCAAGAUCGACUCUGCCACCAUGAGGAGAGAGGGGUUUCCCUACCGCUUCAUCAAACGAUUCACCUUUGGCUUUUCCAGGAGGUGGAAGGAGUAUGUCCAGGAGUUCCUCGAGGAAAGGAGGAGGAAAGACCGAAAACAGAACAGUGGUGUGGAUGAAGAUGAAGAGAGUGACACUGGGGUGGAAGGUGAUGUGUUGGAAACUGCAGAAGGCUCAAAGAAGAAACCUGGAAUGAAGAACACCACCUAUGAAGUAUUGCCAAGGAACAAUGAAAACACCUACACCACCCCAAGGCACAGCUCCCAGGGCAAGGACUCGGGCAGGGUUUGCACUCGCAGCGGGAGACAGGUCAGACCCCCCAUGAACUUCUGGUGUGGGCAACGAGCCUUUGUGGAUCAGAACCUUAAUGUCACCCUGGAAGAGGGUGGAGUGGAUUAUAUCAGCCUGAUGCUUAGUAGUGAAAAAUCCCGCAAAAAGACCAGUUUCAUCUCUAAGAAGAACAAACCAAAGGAAGUCAUGAAGACAACAGAGGAAAUGCCCAAAAGCCAAAAUAAAGGGAAAAGCAGGGAGAGAGGAGCCAGCUCCAAACGGGAAUCCCAGCCUGCUGCAAGCAGGGAGAGAGGAGCCAGCUCCAAAGGGGAAUCCGAGCCUGCUGGAAGCAGGGAGAGAGGAGCCAGCUCCAAAUGGGAAUCUGAGCCUGCUGGAAGCAGGGAGAGAGGAGCCAGCUCCAAACGGGAAUCCGAGCCUGCUGGAAGCAGGGAGAGAGGAGCCAGCUCCAAACGGGAAUCCAAGCCUGCUGGAAGCAGGGAGGCCCAGCGGUUCCUGUCGGAGGAGGAGGAGAGUGACCCUGCAACCAGGGGCACAAAAACCAAAUCCCAGCCUCCUGCCAGGGUGCCUUCCUCAAACAGCAAAGUGCCAAAGAGACGCAGCCCCAGAAUCCUGGGAAUGGCACAGGAGAAGCGAGGAGCAGACGCUGCAGAGCUGCCCGGGUACGAGCAGGCUUCCAAGUACUCCCUGAGGUCAGCCAGGAAGCCUUUCCCAGCCAAGCACUUCCCCGAGGAAUCCUCAGGCAAGGAUGAGGGAGAGGGAUCCAGUGAUGAUGAUACCCCACUGCUGAUCAGAAGGAAAAAUAAAUCUGUGUUAAAACCAGGGCCUCAGAACUGCAGAUCUCGCUCUGACUCUGACAGAUCCCAGGAUGGUGCAAACACGGCGUGGGGUGAGCCAAGGACAGGAAGAGCCUCCCGGAAUGUGCCAGUGAGGCUGAGUGGGACCAGUGACGAGUCUGAGCUCACCACCGAGGGAAACACUCCUGCCAGUGGGUCCAGAGACUCCCUCCUGCCUGGGGAGGCCGUGAGGACAUGGAGCAGAACCAACCCCCCCAGGUGCUGGCUGGAUUUCGACAGCGAGCCCGAAACCAGCAAGGAGGAACUUCCCACGAAAGACAGGAAUGCAGAAGUACCUGGUAAAAAACCAGGGGCUGGAGCUCCCAGCACUGCCAAGUCUGCAGCAGCCAGAUUGAGAGAGCCUGAGAGGGCAAAGCAGCAGAAACCUCUGGAGCUUUUUCCCAGGGCAGCUGAUGGUUGGUCUGAGAAGGAAUUACAGAAGCUUUACAGGGCCAUCGCGGCGCUGCCCAAGCACCGCAGCGGCUUCUGGCAGGAGGUGGCCAUGGCCGUGGGGACACGCUCUGCCGAGGAGUGUCACAGCAAGUACCUGCAGGAGCAAGAGGCCAAGGGCUCCAAACCACAGGCCAGGAAGGCCAAGGCAGGAAAACCUGAGCAGAAAGAUAAGAAGGAGCUGGUGAUAAGUGCCAGGGUGGGAACCCUCAAACGGAAGCAGCAGAUGAGGGAGUUCCUGGAGCACCUGCCCAAGGACAACCACGACGACGUGUUCACCACGACACCCUUCCAGAACAGGAGAGUCAAGCUGCCGCCGCUCCGGAACGACGACCCCGAGGACUUUUCCCUGGGGGAGCUCUCGCUCAGCCCCAGCUCAGCCGUGUUCCCGCUGGCCAAAACCCCCCAGUGCGAGCACAUCAGCCCGGGAAUGCUGGCCCCCGUCAACAGGUAGGAGCUGGGAAACCCCCCAGUGCAGCACAGCAGCCCGGGAAUGUGGCCCCCAGCAGCAGGUAGGAGCUCGUCUGCCAACCUUGGCCUUUGGCUCUUCCCCAAGGUCCCUUUGAGGGAGGCAGCUCCUGGAAGUGGGACACCAGGUCCUUCACAGCCCCUCCUGCCGGCCCUGCUCCGGCCCCUGUGGCCGUGGGCGCUGCCCAGCUCGGUGUGGGCUUUGGGGAUGGCACUGGGAUGGGCUUUGGGCCUCAGCACAGCAGUCUGACCCUGUUACCCAGGGCUUCAGGCUCUGCUAAACUCACUGGAAUCAUCUGGAAACCUGGAGUCAGGGGGUUUGGCUGAGGGGCAGGAACUCCAUACGGGAAGAGGAAGAAGUCCCGUCUGACCCUUUCAUUAGGAGUUCCAGCACUGAUCUCACCCGACUCUGUCUGUAACUGACCCAGAGCAGUUUUCCUGGCCGUGCCCAUUCCCUGAGCUGGAGCUGGAUGUGAUGCCAUGGCUGCAUCCAGCAGGUUCCACGGGGGCUGUGGCAGCCCCCCGACGUGCUCCUUGUGCCCCGCAGGAAGGAGCUGGACAGACACGUGUU